CCCAAGCCUAAGCACCUCCUCACCAUUCGUAAUAGAUCAAGGGGAUAACAUCCACCACUCCCACCAUGGUCAAAUCCAUCAUUAAGCGGUACUUCAGAAGACAUCCAGCACCAAUCUCCAGAAAGAAGUCAUGUGUCAGCACCAGUUCUGGCCACAGAAAUUACUCCCUCUAUGUCAACAGGGUCCUAAAGGAAGUUGUUCCCUGGAGGACCAUAUCAUCGUGCACCGUGGACAUCAUGAACACCCUCAUCAAUGACAUCUUUGAGCACAUUGCCGUGGAAGCCCGCCAACGGAUGCAUUCCAGAAACCGCUGUACCCUCACGCCAGAGGACGUACAGAAGGCAGUGCAUUUUCUGUUGCCUGGGAAACUCGCUAAGUAUGCAGUGGUUUUUGGAGUUGAAGCAGUCCACAGAUAUGUCCACUCUUAAACUCCACACACCAUCGAAUCUUGAGGAAAGUAAAUCAAACGUAACCCAA